AUGGAUUUGGGCUUGAGCUCCGCUGCCGUUCAUGGCCGGAGUCCCCUGAGGCGGCAAGGCCCUGGUGGUAGUGGACCGGUGCUGCAACGGUACUACAACCCUGAUGUGGUCUUCCAAGAUGCAGCACGGCAUGGCCGGGAUGAAAUUGAUCUGAAUGUUGCUAUAGAGCCAUCAAUUUUCCUUGAUGAUGAUAUGCAAAAUGUUGUGCACGAAGAAGAAGAUGAUGGAAUUGAUCUGAAUGGUACUCCAGGAAAUGAUAGUGACGAUUCGUUGCAGCUGAACACGGAUGGUGUAGCUCCAAAUCAUGGCAAUGCCCGUGUGGCUAGUGACAAUGCCAAUGGAAAUGCUGCAACACUUGUUGACGAACCAGAUGAAGAAAUAUCAUCACAGCCAGUUGUCCCUUUUCUUGGAAUGGGUUUUGACAAUGUUGAAGAAGCUCAGCGUGUUUACAAUGAAUAUGCCUCGAAGAUGGGCUUUGGAACUCGCAUUGUGACAUCAAAGCAUAGUAGGAAAAAUAGCUCGGAGCAGAAGCGCAUUCUAAUCUAUAGAGUUUUUGAGUGCGUACACUCACGGAAAAAUCCUUCGAAGAAUGUUGGUGGUAGCAUUUCUGACGGGGCUAUAACAAAUCAGUGUGAAGAUGUUGAUAUGAGCUAUUCUAGUAACAAAAAAUCUGCAAGCAAACAAGCUGGCAUCUAUAUGGAUGUGAGCGACAAGAGGAAAAGAAACCGGUUGGAGCGGUAUGAUUGCAAGGCUCGUAUGGGUGUUAACCUUAAAGACGGUAGCUGGGUUGUGACAGUUUUUGAGGCCGAUCACACACACCAGCUGAUUUUGCAAAGGAGGCGUCGGAGAUUUUUCCGCUCUCACAGAAAGAUCCCGGAUGCAGACAUGCAGUACAUCACUUCACUGCACUAUCGCAACAUAUCAACGGCUAAUAUGAUGGGCUUGCUUGGAGAUGCACGGUGUUGCGAUCCAAGGAGUUUGCCGUAUGUGAAGACUGAUGUGACAAAUGCAAGAGCAAAGCUGCGAAGGGGCCUUUCAGAGCGUGAUUUGGAGCUGACAAUCGAGUACUUUGAGAGAAGACAAGUGGAGAAUCCCAACUUCUUUUUCUCGAAGCUAGAAGAAGAUGGAGCUGUUAGGGCGCUUUUCUGGGUUGAUGGGAGAACAAGGGCCUUGUAUCCAAAGUACAAAGAUUGUGUGUUUUUCGACACCACAUUCUGCACAAAUCGCUACAACUUGCCCUUUGCUCCGAUUCAAUGGAUGUUGGCAAUGAAUAACGAGCAUCCGUUGAACAUUAUGACUGAUCAAGACCAGGCAAUGGCUAAAGCCAUCUUAAUGGUAUUUCCAGAUUCAACACACAGAUGUUGCAAGUGGCACGUCUUCCGGGUUGCAAGGACGAAACUAGGGAAGAUGUUGGGCAAGGAUGAGCCUUUUGCUGAAGCAUUCUAUGGUUGCAUCAAUGAUUCAGAUACCGUUGAGGAGUUUGAAGAACGGUGGAUGCAGAUGGUCGAGUUGUUUGGUGUGGCUGAUAAGAAACACCUCAAGAACAUGUGGGACAGCAGGGAGAUGUGGGCUCCUGUGUACUUUAGGAAUAAGUUCUUCCCAUUCACAGGAACAACCGGGCGGUCCGAGGGCCUGAAUUCCUACUUCAAGACUUUAAAUCAUCAUGGAGACUCGGUUUGGACAUUUGUCCAGCAGUUUGAGCUUUGCCAGGAGCUAAUGCUUGAUCGUGAAGACAAUGCUGGCUUCAUCAAUGAAGCGACGAGGCCGCCACUCUGGGGAAAUUACAACAUUGAAAAGCAAGCUGCAGAUUUCUAUACCAGAGAGGUAUUUUCCAAGUUUCAAAAACUGUUGGCUAAAUCAACAGGCUAUGGUCUGCAAUAUCAGCUGCAAGGGGAUGUCAUCUGGUUUCGCAUUGUUGCAAAUUAUGGCGUCAACCCUAAAGUGUACACGGUGCGUGUUGCCCCUAAAGAUCAGACAUACAUGUGCACCUGCAACAUGUUUGAGAUGUGUGGGCUGAUCUGCCCACAUAUCAUCCGUGUCAUGGUGCACCUGAACGUGCAAACGAUACCUGCGACUUACAUGCUUCCAAGAUGGUCUAAGAGAGCAACCGACCUUGCGCCUGAACCGGGCGAUGGGCAUAGAGCUAUGCAUUUCGGCGUCCCCACGACAAACACCCUAAAGUUUAACUCUCUAUGCCGGAAGUUUGGGAAACUCGCUUCUGAUGCAUGCUUCAAUGAUGAAGCUUAUAGUUUUAUCUCUGGGCUAAUUGAUCAGGGUAGUGUUGGGGUUGCUGCAAUAAAAGCUAGAGCAACUGAUGGGGUUGCAGGAGACGAAGAAGCCCAAGGUCAUGUAGAAAAUGCACAAGUCUCAGGGGGUCCAAGUAUAGGUCAGCGGGAUCCAACCCUCGUAGGACUGCGGAACCCACCAAAGUCAGCAAAGAAAGGCAGGCCAAAAGAGAAAGAGAAGCGCAGGAAGCCACUAAUUGAGAUUCGAGAAGAUGAAAUGAAGAAGAAAGCAAAGAAGGAUGCAGCGAAAACGAAGAAAGCUCCAAAGCCAAGGGAAAAGAAGACUCCAUGCAAAUAUUGUGAAGAUGAAGAUCGCAACGUGAAGGAUUGCCAACUCCUUGUAGCUUUUCUUGCUGCGAGUGCGAGCGCGAAAGCUCCGGGCGUCGAGACAAUCCUUACACUUUAG